GUGUUUAUCAUGUAGAUGAAAAUCUUUUACAGCCGUUUUCCACUUCUACAAAAAAUAUAAAAAGCCUCACUUUAUCUUUUGAACAUUUCCAUUGAGAUGAAUAGCUCUACGUUUUGCACACUGUAUUUUCGCCAGAUUUUCUGUUUAUCAAUUUCGGUGAUUCCGGAAGGUUUGAAUACUGUAGACGCCUUGAUAUCAAUUCCUUCAUUUCUGUCUUUGGAGACAGUUUAAGACAUGAUAAGAUUCUGAGAAAGGGUUGCACCAAGACAAGCUUUAUGACUAUUUUCUACAUUUCAUCGGAUGUAAAUGUUUUAACAAAACUCUUUCCAAUUAUUUAGACUGAAGAGAAGGACAUCUAAAUACGUCCCAGAAUGAUCGAUGGGCGAAAUUUAACCAUCAUGGGUAAAACACACGAUAUGAAUGCGACACAGGACAUUCUGUUCGGAGCAGGACCGGAUGCACCACCACCACCACCACCAUUUCAAGAAGGAUUUGAGUUAUUCAUGGCAAUUAACGAAUUUAUCAAGAUUGCCAUUCCUGUGAUCUUUUCUCUUGGAUUUCCAUUAAACUGGAUCACAUUUCAUAUCUUUGCUAGAUCUAAACUAAAGGAUACUUCAUCCUCGCGAUACAUUGCUGCUAUUGCUUUCGUUGACAACGGGGUUAUUUUCACACAUUUCUUAACUCAUUUAUCCGCUUAUUUCAAUAUCCCUGUGUUUAAGCAACAUGGUGCUUGUCAAAUGGUUAACUACUUUAAUUUUAUGUGUACUUUCCUAUCGAUAUGGUACGUAACAGCACUUGUGAUUGAUAAAUUCAUUGGAUUGUAUUGGCCCGUUAAAAGAUCGGAAUAUUGCACGGAGUUCAGGGCAAAAUGUGUGGCUGUAUCUCUGGCCAUCUUCUCCGUUGUGUUCUAUCAUCAUCUUGUUUGGACCAUGGGGCCAGAGGAAGUGUUUGGGAAAACAAUCUGUCUUCCGUACGCAGCCCCAGGCUUGUAUGAAACCUGGAGUACUCUCAACAAAGUAGAUUAUGUACUAGUCGCCAUUAUUCCAUAUUUUACCAUUGUUAUACUUCUGUGCCUUAUACUUUUUAAAGUGUUUACGUACAAGUCACACACUAGACAAUUUAAUGGAUCUGUUCGAGGGAGACCCCCCAGUGUUUCCACAGAACAGGAAUUUAAAACGAUGCCUCUGGCCAUUGUGGUUGCCAUAGCAACAAUUGUCCUAGGAUUUCUUAAUAAUAUUUGUCGAAUUUUCCAAAUUGUUCAGCCGAUAGUGGCGACAGUGGCAACGUUUCUAUCUCAGUUGUCGUUUGCGUGUAAAUUCUUCCUGUAUGUGAUGACGUCAGAUAGAUUUCGAGACGAGCUUGUUGGUCUUGGUCGUCAGAUUAUCUACCAUGUUUCCAGACCAUGUCGAUGUAAUAGGCAUGAUGCAGGGCCUACCUUCAUCACCGUCAACCAACAGACAGACGACGUCCACGAGUUUCAUUGCAUUAUUGAAGGUUCUGUGUGACAGAAUUCAGACCAUAUUAAAAAUUAUGAUGCUAUUUAAUCAAAUUUAAAUACAUAGAAUAGGUGAUCUUUGGAAAGAUAAUUAUUUUACUUUAGAAUAUGAUUAUGAAAUAAUUAAAGUAACAUGACCUGUA